UGUCCUACCACAGCGGCUGCCGGACCCUAGGACAGAGCACAGGCACUGCCGCAUCCACCUCCAGCCCCGCUGGAUCCAGCAACCCCAGCCACCAGUUUUGGUUCAUCUUGCCUGGUGCCAUGACCUUCUCCGAGAUUCUGGACCGUGUUGGAAGCAUGGGCCCCUUCCAGUACCUGCAUGUGACCUUGCUGGCCCUCCCAGUCCUCGGAAUAGCCAACCACAACUUGCUACAGAUCUUCACAGCCACCACCCCUCCUCACCACUGCCGCCCACCCCCCAACGCCUCUGUAGGGCCCUGGGUGCUCCCCUUGGGCCCAAAAGGGAAGCCUGAGAAGUGUCUCCGUUUUGUGCAUCUGCCCAAUGCCAGUCUUCCCAAUGACACCCAGGAGGCCACCGAGCCAUGCCUGGAUGGCUGGGUCUACAACGGAACCAGAGACACGAUUGUGACAGAGUGGGACUUGGUAUGCAGCUCCAACAAACUGAAGGAGAUGGCCCAGUCGAUCUUCAUGGCAGGCAUACUGAUUGGAGGGCCUGUGUUUGGAGAACUGUCAGACAGGUUUGGCCGCAAGCCCAUCCUGACCUGGAGCUACCUAAUGCUGGCAGCCAGUGGCUCAGGCGCUGCCUUCAGCCCCAGCCUCCCUGUCUAUAUGAUCUUCCGAUUCCUGUGUGGCUGCAGCAUCUCGGGCAUUACUCUGAGCACGGUUAUCUUGAAUGUGGAAUGGGUACCCACCUCAAUGCGGGCCAUCUCAUCAACAACAAUUGGAUACUGCUACACCCUUGGCCAAUUCGUUCUAUCCGGCCUAGCCUAUGCCAUUCCUCAGUGGCGCUGGCUACAGUUAACCACGUCUGUUCCCUACUUCAUCUUCUCCUUAUUGUCCUGGUGGGUACCAGAGUCCAUACGCUGGAUGGUUCUGUCUGGAAAGUUCUCCAAGGCUCUGAAGACACUCCAGAGGGUGGCAACCUUCAAUGGCAAGAAGCAGGAAGGAAAAAAGCUCACCGUGGAGGAGCUGAAGUUCAACCUGCAGAAAGAUAUUACCUCAGCCAAGGUCAAAUAUGGCUUAUCUGACUUGUUCCGAGUGUCCAUCCUGCGCCGUGUGACCUUCUGUCUCUCCCUGGCCUGGUUUUCUACUGGUUUUGCCUACUACAGUUUGGCUAUGGGGGUAGAAGAAUUUGGAGUCAACAUCUACGUUCUCCAGGUCAUCUUUGGCGGGGUCGACAUCCCAGCCAAGUUCAUCACAAUACUCUCCAUAAGUUAUCUGGGCCGGCGGAUCACUCAGGGCUUUGUUCUGCUCCUGGCAGGAGGGGCCAUCUUGGCACUUAUCUUUGUGUCUUCAGAGAUGCAGCUUUUGAGAACAGCACUGGCUGUAUUUGGGAAGGGAUGCUUGUCUGGCUCCUUCAGCUGCCUCUUCCUCUACACAAGUGAGCUCUACCCUACGGUCCUCAGACAAACAGGUAUGGGUAUUAGUAACGCGUGGGCUCGAGUGGGAAGUAUGAUAGCCCCACUGGUGAAAAUCACGGGUGAAGUGCAUCUCUUCAUCCCUAAUGUCAUAUUUGGGAGCAUGGCUCUACUAGGAGGCAGCGCUGCUUUCUUCCUGCUUGAGACCCUCAAUCGGCCCUUACCAGAGACUAUUGAGGAUAUACAACAUUGGCACCAGCAAGCCGAGAAAACCAAGCAGGAGCCAGAAGAAGAAAAGGCAUCCCAGACAAUUCCUCUGAAGACUGGUGGAUAGGACCCCAGCUGAGAACAAGAGAAUCCUCUUUCUUGUCCUCCAGAGACUGAUCCCAAGCAGGAUCCUUCCAGGGCUCCUCAGACACCUUGGAUAUUGGGGAAGGCCCUGGGUGGCCCCAAUCUUCUAGAACAAAAACUUCUGAGAGUUCAGUAAAGUUAUUCUACCAUCAGCACCUCUACCAUAGCCCACAACCCAGACCUGGCCUGUUCACAGCUCUAAACACAAGGCUUCUCAUACUCACCCCUGCACUCAUCCUCCCUACAACCCAGGCCUUGCCAAUUCUUCUACCUACCCUUUCUGUACUGGCCACUGUCCUCCACUGUCCUAACUCCUUCUCCCUUGAGAUUCCCUAGAAGUUCUGAUGGCUUCCCAUUUCCUUUGUAAAACUCUUUCCUUGGUGGGAAAUUUCAAUAAACUAAAUGAGU